AACUUUUAAAAAAUCGGGGACUUCUUAUGGACAGAAACGUUUACAUAAUUGCCAAUAGGAUUUUACAGGUCAAGAAAGAAGUUUGGUAGGGUGGUCGUUUUCUAUGUUUUGACAACUUUUUUGUUAUGGUUAUUGAGACGACGGCAAAUAUCUUAAACAGCUGUUUCUAGAGUGUGUCCGAAUUCAGCCACCGACCGAGCACCGACCGGUCGGUGGUCGAGCGGUCGGUCGUCGAGCGGCCGGUCGCGAGCCGCUCCAAGCAGCUAUGCCAACCGCGAACCACGAAGUCCUUUCGCUGGGGAUGGUUGCGGAUCGCGACUACCCCCGCGGAGGACCCGCGGAGGACCCGCGACGAUCCCCCGCGUAAGACCCGCGCCCUACGAUCAUCCCCCGCGAAAGGAUUUCGCGGUUCGCGGUUAACCCAAUGUGGACAGGGUGGCAUAGCUGCUUGGAGCGAGUGGCUCGCCACGGCCCGGCCACCGACCGCCCGACGACCGACCGGUCGGUGCUCGGUCGGUGGCUGAAUUCGGACACACUCCUAUUGUUUUCCAUUCGUAAUGUAUAUCUUAGGAACUUGCAACGUAUACGCAGCUUGUUCGUGACAAUUUAAAUAUUUCAAAAUGUUAUUUUUUUUAGCAAUUGUGCUGAAUAUGGUUUUUGACGUGUGAAGCACUGUAAUAGCCAUCAUUUACAUGUAGCCAAUAAAGUUAUGUUUGCACAUUUUAUGUACAAAGUAAUAUUUAAAGUAAACUUUAACCGGCCCUGGAAGUCAAAAAUUUAAUGGGUUUGUCAUGAACAGCCGAUUUUCGAAUCAAAAGGCUUAUUUAAGGCCAAGAGAACAAGAUAUAGACUAUGAGAAUGAAUCAUCCCGGCUUCUUGGAGGGGAUGAUAAUGAAAGCGGAUCUGAGGAAUUGCAGUCUGGGACUUCCUUUGCCUUGCGACCGAAGAAACCUGCAGGACAUUUCAUUGACCACAUAUUGCAGCCAGGGGAUACAUUAUCUUCUCUUGCUUUGCGCUACAACUGCUCUGUGGCCCAGAUAAAACAGGCAAACAACAUUCUUCGGGAAAAUGAAGUCUAUGCUCUUCGCAAGAUCCGAAUCCCUGUUUCUGCUUUUUCAAGCUUUCGCCAUGAGGUUCCGGGUGUCCAUUCUUCUCACACAACUCCCAAGAAAGCAUCAGAAUGUAGUGAAUUGGAAGAGGUAUAUGCUAUGGGAACUGAGGGAAAGUGGGUUGAAGAUACAGAGGUGAGCCCUGCCGAAGAGGAAUUGCAUGACCCCCUUCUUACACCUAUCCCACUUCCUCGUUUGCCUUUGGUUGAUUUGAGUGAUUGUGAGUCGCCAGAUUUAGAUCUGCUUUCAUCCCACAAUCAGGUGAAAGAACAGCAGGGAAUUUUCCACUGUAGUGGUGCUGACUGUGGUAUAUCUUGGGUUGCUUUGGUAGUUUGUACACUUGUCCUUGGGUUCAUCUAUGUCUUAUUUUUAUAUGAACAUGAACAUGAACGAAAAAUGCACAAUCAGACUGGUACCUGAAUCAUUGAAGAGAGUAGACUUUGAUAUCUUAAUUCUUUACUGGCUUAAUUUCAUACAAUAACUUCUUCUGUGCGCAGCAAAGUUGAUUUUUUAUUCUAAAGAAGACUAUUUUUUUUUUUGUAUUCACGAAGAAGAUAGAUUUACAUUUCUUUUUUUCCUAGCUGUAACCGAGUUGAUUUUUAAAAAGAAAAAUUGGAUGUAAGUUAUCCUUUGGUGUUCUCUAAAGUUGUAAACACUAUGCUUCUUCUACUGUUGUAUAUAAAAAUUAUGAAGGUUUGAGUUUUGUUACUCUUGAAAAGGGUAAAACUGUCAUAGUUUUAUGUGAAAUGGUUAAAGUCUCUCAAACUUCUAAUUUAC